AUGUGGCAGCAACCGCAACAUUCGGCAAUGCUAGGCUCAUCUGGAACUAAUUCGACUCUCCAUCCGGCUUCUGGUCGUCUGGGCUCCUCCCGUGGCGAGGCGGACCCGGUGACUUCCAGCUUGGAGGAAAUUCAAACUAGACUCAAGAAGGUAUCUCUGAACGUCAUUGAAACCCGUGAUGAGUUUGUGAGUCUUUCUGAUCGAUCCAAGGAUAACGGUGUGGCAUUAGAGGGCCUUAUGGCCGAAAUCAAGAGCUUUGUGGCCAUCUCAAACACCCAUCACACGAACCAAGUCCGGGAACUCGCUCGCCUGAACCAGCUUGAACAGCUGGACAAGCUCGAGCACCUAGAUAAGCUGGGUACUCAUGUUCGUGACCUGGAGCUCCAGCAGCGUGAGUUGAAUGCACGUAUGGAUCUUUGGAAAAAGUUUGACGAGGAUGGACUAUUUGAUCAAAUCAAACAGCUCAACACUAUACCGGGCAAACUGAAGAGCCUCGAAAAGCUUGACAAUUUGGACCAGCUCAAGAUGUUGGCUGAUCUGAAAGGUGCUGUCGAUGCUUUCAAGAGUGACAAGCAAGUGCUGCAUCAAAUCCAGCGCCUGGGUGAUCAAUCGGCUGAAAGUAACACGGCUAUGGCCGUUUCGGUGGAGAAGCUGUCAAAGCAGCUCGACCAGCUAACGCAGAGAGCGGAUCAGCCUCCUACUGAGAAUAACAGCAAGCUCAUCGAGUCGCUGGAUGCUAAAUUGAAUGCCUCCGAUACCACACCGCUUUUAAAUGAAAUCAUAGCCCAGCUUGAGAGCGCCGACAAUUUCCGGCAACUCCAGGGCGAAGUCCGGGCCAUUCAGGACCACUUGCUAGGCGAGCACGACAGCACACGUAAAGAACUCGAGGAAUUGCGACGUACUGUGCACAAGCAAUCUGCAGAGAUCGAGAGAUUCCAGUCGCUCCAUGAAUCAGAGGAGGCCCUGGCCGCCAGAGUCGAAAAGCUGCAGCAGCAAGAGAAAGUCCUCCUUGCGCACAACACAAAGCUCAAGACCGAACUCAAGUCAAGUGCACAGAGCUUGGCAUCUGCCGAAGCAAAGUAUCGCGAGCUGGAGGGCCAUGUUCGAGAGGUCAUGCUUUCCAAGUACCAGGCGGCGAUUGAGACCACGAACUCGGCGAAAGACAGCGACAUUGUGAUCCCUAAACGUCGUACCCAAAACCGCAGUGCUAGUUUACAGAACAUUUGA